AUGUCUGUUCCUCACUGGUACCACAAUUCGAAAGUCCCGUCUUUUCGUGCCCUCCUUAUCGUUUCUGCUAUCCUCCGCAUCGCUCUCAUCGUAUACAGCGACUGGCACGAUGCACAUUCAGUGGUAAAAUACACAGACGUCGAUUAUCGUGUUUUCAGCGAUGCUGCCAACUUUAUCCUCGACCCCGGCCCAGUUCACUGGAAAGAGUUUGACAAUGGUGCAAAGGGUCCACUAGUUGACUGGCUAGGAAUAAAAAUCGGCGACCCAUAUGCGCGUGAAACGUAUCGCUACACACCGCUGCUUGCACUUCUUCUUACUCCCAAUAGAUGGAUACACCCAUCUUUUGGAAAAUAUCUCUUUGCUGCAUGCGACCUUCUGAACGGUGUCCUUAUCUACAAGCUCCUCAUAUCUGUCGUACUCCCUUCUACAGUUCGUGAACCGGCCAAGGCUGAGUCCGAGUCCGACAAUCCCACCGUAAAGGUCACUGAAGCUCUACACGCUCGCGCAACGUUAUUCGCAGCUACUCAUCUCCUUGAUCCCCUCGUAUUCACCAUAUCCACCCGUGGCUCCUCGGAGUCUCUCCUUGCCACUCUCGUCCUUCUGACCCUUUUCUCCACGCUCACAGCACGUUGGGAUGCAGCUGCAUUUCUCCUCGGUCUCAGCACCCAUUGGAAGAUAUACCCCGUAAUCUAUGGAGUGGGCUGUCUGGGCGUUGUUGGUGUGCAGGGACGAGAGCGACCAACCGGGUGGGGGUUGGCAUAUAUGCGUACUCUCGUAAAUGCUCGUACGAUAAGGUUCACCCUUAUAAGUGCUGGGACCUUCUUUCUCCUCGGUGCAGGAUGCUACGCCAUAUGGGGAUAUACUUUCCUCCACGAAGCCUACCUAUACCACCUUGACCGGCUCGACCAUCGUCACAAUUUCUCUCCUUAUUUCUACCUUAUCUACCUCACUUACCCUUCCCACUUUCCUCCUUCCCAUUCCACCGAACUCGCCGUCCCUCUCAUCCACCACGUGCUUCGCUCUCCGCUCACCUCCCUCGUCCCGCAACUAAUAUUAUCCCUUGGCACGGGCCUCCUCUUUGGUCGACAAGCUCGUCACCUCCCAUUUACAUUCUUCGUCCAAACCACCGUUUUCGUACUAUUCAACCGCGUUUGCACAUCACAAUACUUCCUCUGGUAUAUCACAUUCCUACCCCUGCUCUUCCCGCGUGUCGUCCCAUCAAUAGCUUGUGGUGUUGUAUGGGCAGCCGUACAGGCGCUAUGGCUCGCGGAAGCAUAUAAGCUGGAGUUCCUCGGAGAGCCAGUAUUCCGCGCCGUCUGGCUGAGAAGUCUGUUGUAUGUAAUCGGGCAUGCUUGGGUGUUGGGAGAAGUAAUGAAAGGCUAUGCAAGGGACAUAACAGGGCGUGUCUCUUCCUAA